CAGAGGUGACUCGCCGAGCUAUUUUAUUUGCUCCGCCUCGUCUACUCUGCACCACACAGCCGUUGAGUCCACGUCGCCUUUUCUGCCGCCAACCCCACACCUCAAACUCCCCUUCCCAAGAAUGCCAGAUUAUCCACUGCGGCUUCUCCCUCCUCCAGGUCCUCCUCCUCCUCCUCCCCUCCCACCAUGAUUACCACCCACCUCUCCCCAUCCCUCAAGCACCGCUUCCCGUCCCCGCUCCACUCCACCUCCCACUCCCACCACCACCACCACCACCACCACCUUCCCGUGCACCUCCCGCUCCCGCUCCCCCGCCGACACCGCCACCUCGCUAAGCCCGCCGGCGCCGCCGCUCCGGACCUCCUCGCGAGCGUCGAGUCCGUCGCGUCCGCGGCCUCGGUCCUGGCCGCCAUCGUGCUCGUCCACGAGUCGGGCCACUUCCUCGCCGCGGCGUCCCGGGGCAUCCACGUCUCCCAGUUCUCCAUCGGCUUCGGCCCGGCGCUCGCCCGCUUCCGCCUCGGCCCCGUCGAGUACGCGCUCCGCGCCAUCCCGCUCGGCGGCUACGUCGGCUUCCCCGACGACGACCCGGAGUCCGGCUUCGCGCCCGACGACCCGGACCUCCUCCGCAACCGCCCCGUCCCGGACCGCCUCCUCGUCGUCUCCGCCGGCGUCGCCGCCAACCUCGCCUUCGCCUUCCUCAUCGUCUACGCGCAGGCGCUCACCGUCGGCGUCCCCGUCCAGGCGCAGCUCCCCGGGGUGCUCGUCCCCGAGGUCAUCCCGGGCUCCGCGGCCGCGCGCGCGGGCCUCCUCCCCGGGGACAUCAUCCUCGCUGUGCCCGGCGCCGCGCCGGACCCGUCCGUGCCCGUCCUCGUCGACCUCAUCAAGGCCAGCCCCAGCAAGAAGGUGCCCCUCACCGUCUCAAGAGCUGCGCCAGGGACGGUGGACAGGCGGUCCGUUGAGGUCACCGUCGUGCCGGACACCAGCGCCGAUGGCAUGGGCCGCAUCGGCGUGCAGCUCUCCCCCAACGUCAUGGUCACGCGUGUGCGCCCCAAGAACCUCGCCGACGCCACCGUCCUUGCCGUGCGUGAGUUCACGCUCUUGACCGGGACGGUGUUCGACGGGCUCAGGCAGACAUUGCUCAACUUCUCUCAGUCCGCCGAGAAGGUGUCAGGCCCUGUGGCCAUCAUUGCAGUGGGAGCGGAAGUGGCCAGGUCCAGCGCCGAUGGUCUGUUUCAGUUUGCGGCGGUGAUCAACCUCAACCUUGCAGCCAUAAACUUGUUACCCUUGCCGGCAUUGGACGGUGGCACGUUGGCAUUGAUUCUUCUUGAGGCAGCCCGUGGCGGCCGUAAGAUUCCCCGAGAAGUGGAACAGGGCAUUAUGUCAUCAGGGAUAUUGGUGGUGCUCAUGGUUGGCAUGUUCCUCAUUGUGCGUGACACACUCAACCUUGACUUCAUCAAGGAGAUGUUGUGAUGAAAAUCAGUUGAUUGCAGUUGUAGUAAAAUUGCUGGUAUCAGCACUCGGUUGGCUUGCAAAAGGUUAGUUGUUGUCAUUCUUUUUGCCCUUUGAUGGGACUGCUCUAGCAUUCUAGCUUGCUGUACUGAUCGUAGGUCCUUGUAUUGCUAUUUUUGAAAUGAAGUUUGCGAUAUUACAGUUAAUCAUGAUCGAGGUAAAAAAAAAGGAAUGCUGGAUUGUUCAAAUGUAAAUUACUACUUCCAAUGCAUAGAUAGUUGCUUAA